CUCACAUGCACACACCUGUUUGUAGGGGUAUAUAGGAUCAGUCCGUAGGCGUGUUUGGUGUAUCUUCUCUAGUCUACCAUCACCAUGGCUCCCACAUACCUGGAGACAAUCCUGCUUCUCUGCUGUGUUGGGAUCAUGUUCAGUUCAACCUCAGCUGCAUACGGUCCUAGGAGACUUUACUGUUGUGUGGAGUACCAGGAGAAGCCUAUACCCAACCAGCAGAUAAAAGGCUACAAACUACAGAGCUCCAAGGAGGUGUGCAACAUCGACGCUAUCAUCUUCUACACCUUGAAGAACAAAAAGGUGUGCGCCACAGUUAAGGACGAAUGGGUGAGGAAGGCUCUGGCUCGUCUCAGCUCCGAACUCAAGAAGAUGUCUAGCAGCGAGACUGUGACGGGAAACCCCCCCCACCACCCCGAACUGAAAGAAACAUCCAGCCACAGCAACAUUCUCCUACAUCACCAGUAAUCCCAACAUUCAGUAAUGUGGUGAAAUGAUGCAGCUAUUAUUUGAAAUAUAAUGCAUUGCAUUAGCUCUGAUGUUUGCUGUUGUUGAUGACUGUAGUACUCUAUUCAUGCUUAAGCUUACAGGGGUCCUCUGAAUCCACAAUAUAAGCUAGUAAAGUCAACGGCUUCAAUUAAUCAUAUUUUUUCUACAUUUAAAUGUAGAACGUUUGUUUCUUUUAAGGUCGGCAGAAAUAAAAUUUGAGAUAAUGCCA